AUGCCAAACCGAAAAUGUCUCAUUGUUCGAGAGGUGGCGAGAAGUGUGGUGUUAAGUUUUGAAUUGGAUGUGUCAAAUCUUCUCAAUGAUUUUGGACAACCUGUCAAUUUUUACGUUUCACAAACGAUUGACAAAAGUUCAGAUAAGAACUUGGAAACAAUCUAUUUCAAAUUGACGAAUGGAAUUUGUAACAUUGAAAUUCCAGAGCGUGUGAAUGCUGUUUUUAAAUUUAAUGUACACUUGUCAAAGAAGGGAGAAGGAUUACUGACAGCUCCUGACACGAAUCAAGUGACUGAUUUUAUUUUGUGGGUUCCAACCAUUGGAAAAGGUGUUUACACCAAUGAACGAUCGUUGGGUGAUAAAAUGUUACCUGGACUUUAA